AUGACAGCUAUGAACGAUUCAGGACUAUUUAAGGUAGACGCCUUAACUGGGACACGUCGUCUGUUUUACCUUAUUUCACCAAACGAGUCAUCAUUUGCAACUAUUAAUGAAGUCCCAGAUUACAUAAAUGAGUCAAGUCCAUUUUUUAUGGUAGCCGUAUUUCUGGAAAUUAUAAUUGGUCAUCUCCAUGGUAAUCACAAAAUUUACCGCGUAAAUGAUACGAUUAGUUCUAUGGGAGCCGGUAUGUUUAUGAUGUUACUCGCUGGAUUAACAAGGAUGUUUGUCCACGCUGCGGAGUUUGUUGUAUACAUCUGGAUUUACAAUAAUUAUCGUGUCGUUGAUAUUCCUUGGAAUUCACCAUGGGGAUGGUUACUAUGUUUUCUCGGUGUCGAUUUAGGAUAUUAUUGGUUCCACAGAUUAGCACACGAAGUAAAUUUCAUGUGGGCCGCACAUCAAGUUCAUCACAGUUCAGAAGACUAUAAUUUGGGCACAGCUUUAAGACAGAGUAUUCUACAGAGAUACACAUCGUGGAUUUUCUACGUACCAAUGGCACUGUUUGUAUCGCCAUCAACUGCUUUUGUACAUAUACAGUUUAAUACAUUGUAUCAAUUUUGGAUACACACAGAGUUGAUUACAUCUCUUGGUCCUCUUGGGUAUAUUCUUAACACACCAAGUCACCACAGAGUACACCAUGGAAGAAACCCUUAUUGUAUUGAUAAGAAUUAUGCAGGAACGUUGAUUAUAUGGGACAGAAUAUUUGGUACAUUUGAACCAGAGAAAGUCCGCAUUGUGUAUGGAUUAGUACAUCCGAUAGCUUCUUGGGAUCCUAUUUAUAUACAGUUUUGUCAUUUGAUGCAUAUGUGGAAUAUGUUCUGCACUUUACCAGGAUUGGGAAAUAAACUGUCAGUUGUUUUCAAAGGACCCGGAUGGGAGCCUGGGAAACCAAGAUGUGGUCUCAUUGAAGAUUUGCCAAAGGUGAAGUAUCCAGAGCCUAGAUAUGACAGUAGACAUUCCUCGUGGGCUGAUGGUUAUCUUAUACUGCAUUUUGCAUUAUUGUAUUUGUUAUUAGCCGAUCUUUCAAACGGACGAGAAAUAUUAUUACAAAGUGUUUUAUUCUGUACUUUGGGAUAUAUGAUACUAUCACUUACGAGUUUUGGUGCUAUAUGUGACAAAAAGCCCUAUGCAGCUUUACUGGAAUUCAUUCGCUGUGCGUUAUAUUUAUUGUGUGACGCUACGUUGACAACGCCCGUAACGCCUUUAUUAGGAAUUGGACAGAUAUCAACCAAAGCACAGAUUUUCAAUGGAAUAUUCACUGUGUCCGCUAUCGUAUGGUGUAUACAAGGAAUCAGAGAAUAUGUCAGUGAAAAAGCAAAAAUACAAUAA